AUGCCGUUGUCUCGUUCCCUGUCCAUGACGUCCCUGAGCGGGGUCCUGCCGGCCUGGGAGGAAGAGGAGCUGCCUGUGGAGGACCUGCUGCUCUUUGAGGUGGCCUGGGAGGUCACCAACAAAGUUGGAGGAAUCUACACAGUGCUCCAGACCAAAGCCAAGAUCACGGUGGAUGAAUGGGGGGAGAACUACUACAUGAUGGGGCCCUACUACGAACACAACUUCAAGACACAGGUGGAGGCCUGCGAGCCCCCCAACCCCGCCGUCAGGAAGGCCAUGGACGCCCUCAUCCACAACGGCUACCAGGUUCAUUUUGGCCGCUGGCUGAUCGAGGGCAGCCCCUUUGUGAUCCUGUUUGAUAUUGGCUCUGCGGCCUGGAACCUGGACCGCUGGAAGGGGGACCUGUGGGAGACCUGCCAGAUCGGCCUGCCCUACAACGACCGGGAGGCCAAUGACUCCGUCAUCCUGGGCUCCCUCAUCGCCUGGUUCUUCAAAGAGUUAAUAGACCAGCUGGGAGACACGCCCAAUGUCAUUGGUCAUUUCCAUGAGUGGCAGGCGGGUGCAGGGCUUAUUCUCUCCCGUUGCCGCAAGAUUCCCAUGGCAACGGUCUUCACCACACACGCCACCCUGCUGGGACGGUAUCUCUGUGCUGGGAAUGCAGACUUUUAUAACAACCUGGACAAGUUCAACGUUGACAAGGAGGCGGGUGAGAGGCAUAUCUACCAUCGGUGCUGCCUGGAGAGAGCGGCGGUGCACUGUGCUCACGUCUUCACCACCGUCUCCCAGAUCACCGCUGUGGAAGCCAGCCAUAUGCUGCACAGGAAGCCAGAUGUGGUGACCCCCAAUGGCCUGAAUGUGAAGAAGUUUUCCGCCAUGCAUGAGUUUCAGAACCUGCACACCACCAGCAAGGCCUGCAUCCAGGAGUUUAUCAGAGGACACUUCUACGGUCACCUGGACUUCGACCUCGACAAAACGCUCUUCUUCUUCAUCGCCGGACGCUAUGAGUUUACCAACAAGGGAGCUGAUAUUUUCCUUGAAUCACUGUCAAGACUCAACUACCUACUAAGGGUCCACAAAAAUGAUAUGACAGUGGUAGUUUUCUUCAUCAUGCCAGCUAAAACCAACAACUUCAAUGUGGAGUCACUGAAGGGACAGGCGGUACGCAAGCAGCUGUGUAGUAGCAUGCCAAAUGCGACGCCGAAGCCCCCCGGCAAAACAUGUAACCGCACACACUGUGGAGACAAGCAGGACAAAGGACGGGCCCUGGCCACGACAGACGGAGACACCUUGGAAAGCACACGGAUUAUCUUCCACCCUGAGUUCCUGUCCUCCACCAGUCCUCUGCUGCCGAUGGACUACGAGGACUUUGUUCGUGGAUGCAACCUUGGAGUAUUCCCCUCCUACUAUGAACCAUGGGGUUACACACCUGGUGAGUGUACUGUUAUGGGCAUUCCCAGUGUGACCACCAACCUGUCAGGUUUCGGCUGCUUCAUGGAGGAGCAUGUGUCAGACCCUGCUGCCUACGGUGUUUACAUCGUGGACCGCCGUUUCCGCUCAGCUGAGGAGUCGUGUAACCAGCUGACCCAGUUCAUGUUCAGUUUCUGCCAGCAGUCUCUGCGCCAGCGCAUCAUCCAGAGGAACCGAACAGAGAGGCUGUCUGACCUGCUGGACUGGAGAUACCUGGGACGGUUCUACGUACACGCCCGCCAUCUGGCACUAAACAGGGCUUUCCCCGACAAGUUCAAGAUGGACCCCAUGGCCCCUUUGAAGACAGAAGGUUUCCGUUACCCUCGGCCCUACUCGGUACCCGCCUCUCCCUCUGCCUCCGUCCACUCCACCCCCCACCAUAGCGAUGUGGAGGAUGACGACGAUGAUGAUUAUGAGCCCUAUGAUGAAGAUGAAGAGGCCGAGAGGGAUCGACUGAACAUCAAGGCUCCCUUUGUGCUGGGGGACGUGCAGGAGGGCAAGUAAAAGCAACUUGGAGAGUCAAGAUACUGAGAUUGACUAUUAGAAGCUGAAGAUUAUAAACAGGUUUACACUAAGUCACCCAUUGUUUGACAGUUUUAAAAAUAAUAAAGUCAGAAAAUGUAGAUUAGGGACAAAAUAUUGAAAGGCCUGAAAGUGUUGUGACAUUGGAUGCUUGCAAUAUUGCUAUAUUGGAACAACUAGACCUGAUCAGGUCCAUCACAUAACCUAGACUACUGUCUUGAAGCUGAGUUUAAUUGUGGUGUUCCCCAAGGCUACGGUCUUGGCCCAUAAGUGUUUUCAAUGUACUUGUUUUAUCU